UCGCUCCCCGCGCCGGGGCCGCCGGCCCGGCAUGAAGGUGCUCCGGCACAAGAUCGAGCUGCUGACAGGGCUGCUGCUGCAGGAGAUGACCAUGGCAGGGCUGCAUGAGCUGCGCUUCACCGAGGAGAAGCCACUGCUGCGGGGCCAGGAUCCUGAGCUGGAGAACUCCGAUGUCUUCCUCUCUGCCGUGGACACAGACUGGAAGGAACACGACAUCGAGACACCCUAUGGGCUGCUGCAUGUGGUCAUUCGGGGCUCACCCAAGGGGAAUCGCCCGGCCAUCCUGACAUACCAUGACGUGGGCCUCAACCACAAGCUUUGCUUCAACACCUUCUUCAACUACGAGGACAUGCAGGAGAUCACGAAGCACUUUGUGGUGUGUCACGUGGAUGCGCCAGGACAACAGGCAGGAGCCUCGCAGUUCCCGCAGGGGUACCAGUACCCGUCCAUGGACCAGCUGGCUGCCAUGUUACCCAGCGUGGUGCAGCAUUUCGGGUUCAAGUAUGUGAUCGGGAUCGGCGUUGGGGCAGGAGCCUACGUGCUGGCCAAGUUUGCGCUCAUCUUCCCUGACCUGGUUGAAGGGCUGGUCCUCAUGAACAUCGACCCCAAUGGCAAAGGCUGGAUUGACUGGGCAGCUGCCAAGCUCUCAGGCCUCACCAGCACGCUGCCGGACACGGUCCUGUCGCACCUCUUCAGCCAGGAGGAGCUGGUGAACAACACAGAGCUGGUGCAGAGUUACCGGCAGCAGAUCGGCAGUGUGGUGAACCAGUUCAACCUCCAGCUAUUCCUCAACAUGUACAACAGCCGCAGGGACCUGGACAUCAACCGGCCUGGGACUGUGCCCAACGCCAAGACUCUGCGCUGCCCCGUGAUGCUGGUGGUGGGGGACAACGCGCCUGCUGAAGAAGGGGUGGUGGAGUGUAACUCCAAGCUGGAUCCCACCAACACCACCUUCCUGAAGAUGGCAGAUUCUGGUGGGCUGCCCCAGGUCACACAGCCCGGCAAGCUGACUGAAGCCUUCAAGUACUUCCUGCAAGGCAUGGGCUACAUCGCCCACCUGAAGGAUCGGAGGCUGAGUGGAGGCGCAGUGCCAUCCGCCAGCAUGACCCGCCUGGCACGCUCCCGCACAGCCUCCCUCACCAGCGCCAGCUCGGUGGAUGGCGCCCGCCCACGUGCCUGUACCCACUCGGAGAGCACCGAGGCCAUGGGGCAGAUCAACCACACCAUGGAGGUAUCGUGCUGAGGCCCACGGCCACCGCCGCCGUUUCCUCCAGAGCCAUCUCCCAUCCGUCAGCAUCCCGCCAGCACUCACCCGCCCCGCAGACGACCUCUGCCAGGGCCCUCACUCCCUUGGGGUUGAUUCAUCUUCUUUGCUGUUGGCCUCCCCCCAUCGCUGGGCACCAGAGAAGGAGAGGGGCUUUGCGUUGUCACCUCCAAGCUCUGGGUCCUGGCUUAGCCCAGCAGUCACACGUGGCUCUGCCUCAGUCCUCACCCUCCCCAGCACCGGCUUGGCCCUGGCUUGGGAGGGAGGGUGGUGGAGGGAUGUGGCCAGGACGGGUGAGCAGGGUCAGGGUGGUGGGAUGGGGGCAGGACGGUGGGAUGGAACAGGACAGCCAUACAUGGGCAGAACAGUGGGACACGGAGAGCGCCCUGGAGGUAGGUGGGUCUGCGAAGGUGAUCCGAUGGCUGGCCAGGCUAGAAGGAAGCCAGGGCCUGGGAACAGCACUGGCUCUGCCUGCGGCAUGCCUGGGCACUUGGUGGGGGGGUGGAUUUGUCAGAUGCCUGCAGAGAUACCGCUCUGCCCUUCCUGGGGCAGCGGCUCCCGUUCAUCUCCCUGCCGGCCAGUCCUUGGGGAUCACAUGGGAUUCCCUGGCACAGGCAAGACCCGGCGCAAGGUGGCCGUCAUGAGAAAUCACACACCACACUGUACCCGCACCCUGGCCACGCAACCCGAGGGCUGCCCCAGCGCAGGGCGGGAGGUCCUGUCUUGCUCUGCUACAGGAGCCAUCAGGGCAGAAGGGGGGUCAUGGGCAUCCCUUCCCCAGUCCUGCUGUUUUUGCAAGAGUGACGAUCACUGCCUGUCACUGCACCCAGGGGCAGGCAGUCUCUGCACCUUGGCUUGCCCAUUCCCUGCCACUCUGGCAGUCUCACUUCAGCUUAGGCUGAGGCCACCAGGGCUCGGAGGCUGCUGUGUCUGGGGACAUGGUGAGGCAAAAGACCCUGGAAUCCCUCCUCCAGUUUCACCACAGCCCAUAGGUGUCACUGCAGUAGAGCCAUGAGCAAUAAGAUGAGGCACCCCUCGCCCCAGGAAGCCCCCAGCACCCCCUGCCCUGCAGGGCACCCCAGCCUCAGCAUGCCAGCUGUGCGGCGUGACCCAUGGGACAUGAGGAGCAUCCCCGUGUCUGGCUUUGUCCACAGGGGUCCACAGAGCAGGCCAGUCCACCCCACACACCCCCAUACCCACAACAGUUCCUCCCACACUUUACCUGUGCACUGAGCAGGCCAUCUCUCAAGGGCUUGGCUCCCCACGAGCUGCAGGGCCCCAUCCAGCCACCAGCUCCAGGUGGAUUUGACCUUGCACUCGUCACGGAGAGCCCCGUCAUCGUGUAACCCUGCCAUCGGCCGCCUGGCCUCGGCUGCUGCCCCAGCCCACCCCAGGGCAGCAGAGCCCAGCUCCUCUUGCACGCAGGGUGAGGGAGCUCCCCGUUCUGGCAUGGGUAGCCCCUGUGCAGGGUGGCAGCAGAGACCCAUUGAGGAUCCACCAGGGGCCAUCAUCUGGGCGAGCAGAACCCCAGUGGGUGCGGGGACAGUGGUGGUGGGCUGUGCAGUCCCACGGGGAGCAGGUUCCACGCAGCACUCCUGAAGCAGUCCCCCUGCAGGCCCUGGCUCCACACCUUGUUCCUCCCCAUCAGGGGCCUCCAGGGCUCCCAGCAGGUGUUCAGGGGCUCCUGGCCCUGAGGCCUGCACCCUGGUCAGCACCCCUAUAAUGAAUGGCCACCCUGAACGUGGCCAAUGCCCCCAUUUUCCCCCCAUUUCUUCUGCCGUGUGCUUCCUUCUUGGUGUGACUCUGAAAGCUAAGUAGAUCCUUUUUACUGUAGAUACCGCUGUGAUCACCUGUUUUCUCAGCGUGUCCUUCCAGAUGAUAGAUAUAUAAAUGCCUAUACAUAUUAUAUAUAUGGGGUUAUCUGGUCCCUGACCUUUUGGGUUUGUUCUCCAUGUUUUCUCGUACAACGGUGCCGUGUGGUUCCCUUUGAGGUGGUCUGGUCAUGCUUGCCUUUGAUUUCCCACCUGGGUUUUGUUGGUUCAGUUUUCCCUGUGGUUCGUUCCUUUGGUUUUUGUUGGUUUUCCUCUUUUCCUGGUCACAGCAGAAUUUAAUGGAUUUCCCCCUUUCUCUGUCUGAGCGCAACCUGGUUUUGUCACAGUGGUGUCGAGGCCACAGUACUCACACAAGAUGGCAAUAUGUAAACCAGAUUUAACUAACCUGUCACUGUAGAGAGGAUUUACUGUAUCAAAAUAAUAAUAAAGAGAGUAAGAACCUGC